AGUGCUGUCCACGGCGGUGAGGAGGUGAGGUUUGGAGGCUCCUCAAACACAACACAGAGAUCAUCAGAGCUCUACAUGACUUCAAUAUGAAGAGACACUAGUCCGCUAUCGGCUCCCUUCACCGUCAGCCUUCAGUACUUCUUCCACAUUUAGUUUUGAGUCUUUAUCAGUGAAGAGAAAACACAAGUGACUCUGCUUUCAGACUGCACUGAGGAGUCCCGGGCUGGGUUGAGUCUCCACGGUUCUCAUGGUGUGUUUAAGUGCAGCCCCGUGCUCUGAGCUCUUCAACAGUCAGUCAGACUCUCGUGUUCUCGUGACUACUAACACAACGAUAGAAAAUGGCAGAAGUAGCUCCAGCUCCAGCCCCCGCGGCGGCCAAAGCAGCGAAGAAGAAGGUGUCCAGGCCGAAGAAGGCUGGUCCCAGCGUCGGUGAGCUCAUCGUUAAAGCUGUGGCCGCAUCCAAGGAGCGGAGCGGCGUGUCUGCUGCCGCCGUGAAGAAGGCUCUGACCGCCGGAGGAUACGAUGUGGAGAAGAACAAGUCCCGCGUCAACACCACCAUCAAGAGCCUGGUGACUAGGGGGACUCUGGUCCAGACCAAGGGGACCGGGGCCUCAGGCUCCUAUAAGAUGAGCAAGACGGCUGUCGAGAAACCGGCAAAGAAAGCCGCUCCUACAGUCAAGAAGCCCGCAGCUAAGAAACCCGCAGCGGCCAAAAAGACCAAGACAGCGGCGGUAAAGAAACCAGCAGCAGCCGCUAAGAAAUCACCCAAGAAGGCAAAGAAACCCGCAGCGGCCAAAAAGACCAAAACAGCAGCCGCUAAGAAACCAGCAGCAGCUGCUAAGAAAUCACCCAAGAAGGCAAAGAAACCCUCAGCGGCCAAAGAGACCAAGACAGCGGCAGUAAAGAAACAUGUGUGUGUGAUGCAGCCAAUGGGUGAUGGGCUUAGUUUUAGCUGUAUGGCUGAUUGUAGGUAAAACAAAUAUCAGUGUUUUAUAAUCCAGUUGAAAGUAAGUGUGAGCAGCUGCAUCAGCUUGUUUAUCUGCGUGGAGGUUCAAGAUAGUGAGAGUCAAGAUUGAGCCGCAUAACAUGAUAAAUGUGCAGCAAAGCUUCACAUCCAUAGACAGAAACACACGGGUUAAGAAGCCUGCCAAAGACAGAAUGUAACCGUAAUACUUUGCACUGUUAAACCAGAUUUAUUUUCAUUUAGCUAAUGUAAAAUCAUAGUAACAAUAAAUACCUCAAUUCAUUAAAACAAAGGAUGUCAUAUGUUAAAAUAAAUUAAAUCAUAUGUAAAAGAGUGAAUGUUAUUCACAGGUUUCACACUCGAAUAUAGCAGUGUAAUGUGGGAAAACAACACCCAAAGAGAUGCAACUCUAAACCAGAUCCUUUAGAGCAGAGGUCUUCAACAGGGGGCCCGCGACCCCUAGGGGUCCGCGGAGGUACUGCAGGGGGGGUCGUGACA